UUUACUGAGGCUUACAGCGUACUACGCGCUUUGUAUUCCUUUGUGACCAUUUAAUUUCUGCAGUGAUCCCACAAAAUACGUAAUUAGAUUUAGAGUUCAAACGCCUGAAAGGAAGGUUAUAGAGCAAAAAGUUGUUUCCCUGCCACCUUUCCACGGUGCACCCACUGUUGUUUCUUCUGUGUUACUUCCGACGCAUUUUAUACGUGUAUAUUCUAUGUGUAUAUCUUUUAACAAACGUUUGGGAGCAACUCGUUCUGCAUCUUGGUUCUACUCAUUAACAUCGAUAUUGGGCGGCGAGUGGCGGCGCGAUGGACUUGGCCGGGCUCUUGCUAGACGAAGAAGGCACCUUCUCCCUCACGGGCUUCCAGGACUUCUCGUUCCUCCCUGGACACCAGAAGCUCAGUGCUCGGAUCCGACGGAGACUCUACUAUGGCUGGGACUGGGAAGCUGACUGCAGCUUGGAGGAACUCUCCAGCCCAGUGGCAGACAUUGCCGUGGAACUGCUGCAGAAGGCGGCCCCCAGCCCUAUUCGCCGACUCCAGAAGAAAUACGUAGCUCACGUGUCCCGGGAGGCGUGCAUCUCCCCGUGUGCUAUGAUGCUUGCCCUGGUGUACAUCGAGAGGCUCCGCCAUCGAAACCCAGACUACCUGCAGCACGUGUCAUCCUCUGACUUGUUCCUGAUCUCCAUGAUGGUGGCCAGUAAGUACCUCUAUGACGAAGGGGAGGAGGAGGAGGUCUUCAAUGAUGAAUGGGGAGCUGCAGGGGGUGUGGCCGUGCCCACUCUCAAUGCCCUGGAGAGGAGCUUCCUGAGUGCCAUGGAUUGGCGUCUUUACACUGACCCUCGGGAGAUCUUUGAGGUGCUGAGCUGGCUGGAGAGCUGUGUGGCCGAGCAGCAGGGGCGGCGGCGGGGCUGGUACACGUACACAGACCUGUGUGUACUGCUGGAGCAGCCGGCCUGGCAGUUGGCCCUGGGCUCCCUCUGCCAGCGGCUGGCAAAGCUGUCUUGCCUGUUAGCUAUGGCAUAUGUGAGCAGUGUGGCCCUGGCUGUGGCAUCGCUGGCUGUAAUCCACCAGUCCUUGGGGCUGCCCUGCAGCCCCUCGCCGGGCCCCCCGGACCUUGGACUGGCCCCCAGGUGCCUCCUGGAACCCUGCAUUCCUUCUCCCGUGCCGCAGUGCCUGCCAUGUCCUGUUAACGUCUCCAGCUGCCUGGACAGUGACACGGGGCUGCGUUCACUCUGGGGCAGUCUUCUGGCCUCACUGACUCCUCCACCGCUGCCUCCCCCAGACCCUCCUGCCCCUCCCACUCUUUUCCAUAACUGUCCCCUUUGCCAGAAGCUCCGGAGAGACUCCCCAGACUGCCAUGCCUGCCACCACUCCAACCAUACCGUCUCCACUGGGUCCCCCCGCCCUGGGUACCACUCCCAUGGCCUGGCGCCGCCGUGGCCCUGGAGCCCAAUGCCCCCCCUGCUCCCCCAGCCCCAGCAGUGUUCCCUUUUCAGCGUCAUGGAGCUAGCCCGUCUCAAGUCUUUCAUUUUCCCAGGCUAGGCAGGCAUUCACCGGAUGCAUUAAGAGGAUUUGGGAGUCCCUGAGAACCUGGAGGGGCAAAGCUUGAUUUAGAUCGUCUCUACCUCUCUGGGUCCUUGGCUGGUCCCUGUCCUCCUAGGUAAUGGAGCUUAAGGGGUUGUGGGGCAGAAGGACUGAAGGUCACUCACUCUCCUAGACCUCGGUGGCUGGCUGCUUGGCCAGGGCCGUGAUGGUGCCAGGGAAAACUUCAGCUUGGUGGCCAGGGCCAUGUCACAGCCAGACAGAGGAGAAGCCCCUGUGUCUCCACCUCCCUGGGUUCUAGACUUUUGCUUUUGAGUUCCCUAGGAUGAGGGGGGAAGGUGGGAGAUGGGAAAAGCAGGGUGAGGGAGGGAGGAGAUGUUGACUGGGGGCCUGUGUGAUGUCCCUGAGGCAGGAGAGCCAGGGACUGACAGGGCCCAGGUGGGAUCUGCCAAGGGAAGGUGGGGUGAGGUGGGAAACCCUCUCCAAACCCCAUCCCUUGGAUGUAGCCUAAAGGAGCCAGGGACUGCUGGGACCGUCAGCCCUGCCCUUUUGUCUUCCAGCUUCUUAGUACCCUGCUCCCCUGGGCUUCCCUCUCUUCCAGUUCUUCUCCUGGGUGUUCUCUUCACAGGCCUCUCUGGCCACUGCUUUGUAUCUGGGUUUUUCACGCUUUUGUAGAACUGAGGUUUCAAUAAACAGUUUCAGUUGCA